AGCCGAAGAUGUCGGCUCAGUCAUGUGAUCAGCUGUGUCCAAUCACAGCUGAACACAUGGGACAUGUACACUGAUCAUCAGGGCACUGAUGAUCAGUGUGCCCUGAUGAUCAGUGUAGCCCCAGCAGUGCCACCUGUCAGCGUCCAUCAGUGCCCCGUGUCAGUGCUCAUUAGUGCCUCGUGCCAGUGCCCAUCAGUGCCACAUAUCAGUGCCUACCAGUGCACAUCAAUGCCACAUAUCAGUGCCCAUCUGAGCUGGCUUUCAGUGUCACCCAUCAGUGCCAGUCAGUGCCACCUGUCAAUGCCAAUCAGUGCCACCUAUCAGUGCUGCCAAUCAGUG